ACACACACACACACACACACACACACACACACACACACACACACACACACACACACACACACACACACACACAGUUACUUGAAGUAUGUGGAGCAAGCGGCGGAGAAGUCCGGGUCUUUUCGAGAAGCACAGGUGUGUGCGCGCCUCGCAGCAGCAGCAGCAGCAGCAGCAGCAGAGCCCGACGCCGCGCGUGUAGCUCUGUGCCCGUUCUACCUUCGCCUGGCACGCGCCACGGUGCAGGCACGAGGACGACCGAGGAGGAGGAGGAGGAGGUGGAGGAAGAAGCCAGCGCAGACCCGCCAAAACUAUCACACAACAUAAGCAUACCGGUUCUCCUAACUGCAUUUUCGGUCGGUUGGGCGACGGAGAGAAAGGCGCCAUGUCAAAGGAACCACGGGGCAAAGCCUCGGCCCGGAAGCACAGCGCCGCCCACUGGUGCCUGCAGAACAUCGCGCAGGAGUCCGUCGACAGCUCAGACGAGGAGUUCUUCGAUGCAAAAGACGUGCUGGAGGGGAAGAGCGCCAUGCUGCUGGGCAUGAGCCAGUGGAACUCCAACGACCUGGUGGAGCAGAUCGAGACGCUGGGCCACAUGGAGGACCAGGCGCACGCGGGUCUAUACCACCUGGGGGACCCCCGCUGUCCCCCCCAGAACAGCAUAGAUGGUCUGGAGGACACCCCGAAGAAGUGCCGGUCCCACGUGCUGCUGCUGGUGGUCCACGGCGGCAACAUCCUCGACACGGCCAGCGGGGACCCCAGCGCCAAGGCGGGCGACGCUGCCACGCUGGCCUCCGUGCUGGAGAAGGUGACGCGGGCGCACUUCAAGGCGGCGGCGGAGCACGUGGUGAUCCGCCUGGUGCCCUGCCCGGCCGUCUGCGCUGAGGCCUUCUCCCUCGUCUCACACCUGAACCCGUACAGCUACGAUGAGAGCUGUGUGUCCAGCAGCGUGGACCACCUCCCCCUGGCCGCACUGCCACUCCUGGCCAUCGCCUCCCCGCGAUACCUGGACGCCGUGGCAACGGUCAUCGUGCGGGCCAACCAGGUGUACCAGAGCUUCCUGCACUCAGAGGACGGCCAGGGCUUCACGGGCCAGGUGUGUCUGAUAGGGGACUGCGUGGGCGGCGUUCUGUGCUUCGACGCACUGUGCUUCAGCCAUCAGAGGGCUGGCAGUCCUGGCAGCCAUCAGAGGGCUGGGAGCCCCAGCAGCAGCAGGAACAACAGCACCGAGAGCCUCAAGAACACCCAGGGCCUGCUGGGCGAGUCCAACCCCGGCCUGAGCUCCAGCAAGCGCCUGAGCAAGAGCAACAUCGACAUCUCGGCCCCCACCGAGGGCAACGGCCCCGGGCCCCGCUCCCCCCUCAGCCGCAAGCAGAGCGACUCGUACGACGGCGACACCGGCGCCUCCACGGGCCAGCACCACAGCUUCUUCUCCAGCCUGAUGAAGGAGAGCCUGGAGGUGUGCUCCAGUAACAGCGGCUACCUGGUGCUGAACCCAGGCCGCUUCGACUUCGACGUGUCGGACUGCUUCCUGCUGGGCUGCCCCCUGGGCCUGGUGCUGGCCAUGAGGCGCACGGUGCUGCCCACCAUCCAAGUGAGCCAGCUGCACCCGGCCUGCUCCCAGGUGUUCAACCUGUUCUACCCGUCGGACCCCUCGGCUGCCCGGCUGGAGCCCCUGCUGCAGGCCCUCUUCCACCGCCUGCCGCCGCUGGCCGUGCCCCGCUACCAGAGGUACCCCCUGGGGGACGGACGCUCCGCCCUGAUAGCGGACAGCGUUAACGGAUCUCCCGAGGUCUUCCUGGAGGGGGGGGCGGACCCCAAGCCCCCCGUGGCUCCGCAGCCCGACCCCCCUCCCUCCUCCUCCUCCUCCCGAGCUGACUCCUCCUCCUCCUCCUCCUCCUCCUCGGCGCAGCACAAGGCGGCGGGGGGGGAGGAGGGGGGAGGAGGUGGGGGUCGCAGGGCCAGCCUGACCAGCGUGGACAGCGACGCCUCCGUAUGCUCCGGGGGCCGGCUGAGCAGCACCAUCGCUAACAUCUCCAGCAGCUGGUGGGGCUCCAAGCGCCUGGACCACGCCCUGUACUGCCCCGACGUGCUGACGGCCUUCCCCACCGUGGCGCUUCCCCACCUCUUCCACGCCUCGUACUGGGAGUCCACCGACGUGGCCGCCUUCAUCCUCCGACAGCUGAUGAGGUGUGACUGUGUCAGGGGGCAGGAGGCCAACAACUCGGACUCGGCCCCCCUCUCCCCCUCCGGCCCCCGGGAGAAGUGGCUUCGCAGGAGGACCCACGUCAAGCUGAGGAAUGUGACGGCCAACCACCGGGUGAAUGAUGUCAUCACCACAGAGGAGGGCCCCCAGACCCUGGUGGGCCGCUUCAUGUACGGGCCCCUGGACAUGGUCACCCUGACCGGAGAGAAGGUGGACAUCCUACUGAUGGUCCAGCCCCAGUCGGGCCGCUGGGUCCACUUCGACACGGAGCUCACCAACAGCAGUGGCCGGGUCGCCUACACCAUCCCCAAGAGCAAGAAGCUGUCCCUGGGGGUCUACCCCGUCAAGAUGGUGGUCAAGGGUGAUCAGACCAGUGCGGAGGCCUAUGUGACGGUGUUGCCGCGGGGGAUGGAGUGUGUGGUGUUCAGCAUCGACGGCUCCUUCGCCGCCAGCGUCUCCAUCAUGGGCAGCGACCCCAAGGUCCGGCCCGGGGCCGUGGACGUGGUCAGACACUGGCAGGAGCUGGGCUAUCUGAUCAUCUACAUCACGGGCCGUCCUGACAUGCAGAAGCAGCGGGUGGUCUCCUGGCUGUCGCAGCACAACUUCCCCCACGGGAUGAUCUUCUUCUCUGAGGGCCUGGUCCACGACCCGCUGCGACAGAAGACCAUCUUCCUCAGGAACCUGGUGCAGGAGUGCCACAUUAAGAUCAACUCUGCCUACGGCUCCAUGAAGGACAUCUCGGUGUACAACAUGCUGGGUCUGCGGCCCGCCCAGAUCUACAUCGUGGGCCGGCCCUCCAAGAAGUACCAGAACCAGUGCCAGUUCCUGAGUGACGGCUACGCCGCCCACCUCUCCACCCUGCAGUUCGGCCACCGGGCGCGGCCCAAGAAGACGUCCUCGGUGCGCAUGGUGCUCCGGAAGGGCUCCUUCGGCCUCUCCGCAAAGCCCGACUUCCUCUGCAAGCGGACCCACCUGCGGCGGACCAUGUCGGUGCAGCAGCCCGACCCCCCCUGCACCCCCAACCCCAAGCCCGAGAGGGCCCAGAGCCAGCCCGAGUCGGACAAGGACCCCGGAGGAGGAGGAGCAGCGGUGCACGGUGUGUGGGGACGGGCCUCCAUGCACCGGGGGGACACCACCCCCUGACGUCCAGCCCGGAGAGGGAGGAGGUCUGGGAGACGGGAGGAGACGGAGGAGACGGAGGAGGAAGAGGAGGAGCAGGAGGUGGGAGGGGUCCAGGGAGUCCGGUCCUGA